UUGAUCCAAGCUUUCUUCUAUCAAUAUGGUGAGGACAAUCCCGUUGAGUGUCAUCGCAACAUGGCCACCACCAAACUAUGUGGAUCCCGUUCGACGAGGACCUGGAGCAGUGGUGGUAACCAUAGCAUUUAUGGUCCUGGCUAGUAUUGCCGUGUUCUCUCGUCUCUUUGUACAUGCAUUCGUCGUCCGAUCCGUUGGACCCGGAGACUUCUUUAUCAUACUAGCUUAUCUAUCGACUGUAGCUAUGACAUCACUGGAGAUAGUAGGGUACGAGCAAUAUGAUUGGGGCCGCCACAUCUGGGACGUUCCCAUCAACAACUUCUCUCGCUCGAUCUAUAUCUCUUGGUGGUAUAGGAUCGUCUAUUCUGCAGCAGCGUGUUUCACAAGGAUGGCCCUGUUAUUCUUUUACUACCGGUUGACGGAAGGGGGCCACACCGCGAAGCUCUUCAGACGCUGGAUUCACUUGGUUGCGCUCUUCUCGGCAGCUGUUGGUCUUGCCCUCGUCCUAGCCACAAUAUUUCAAUGUGCUCCAAUCCGUGCCAUGUGGACAUAUCCACCUGUACCAGGAGCACGAUGCAUUAACGAGGGUAUCUGGACCUUCGCUUGCGGCAUCGUCAAUACCAUUGCAGAUAUAAGCGUGGUAGUGUUGCCGAUACCGAUGAUUUACAAGCUGCAACUGCCCCUGCGUAAGCGCAUUGGUGCUAUUCUUCUUGUGAGUCUUGGUUUUCUCGUUUGUGUUGUGGCCGUCGUCCGAACAUACUUUGUAUGGCUCAGUCUUGUCCACAGCUACGAUGAGACAUGGGAUGGCUUCGGUGCUCUUGUUGCAGCCACAAUAGAGAUACACGUGGGCCUUAUGUGCGCCUGCGCGCCUGCCAUCCGGCUAGGAGUUGUCAAAUUCAUUAAACCUAAGCUUUCUUCUCUUCGCCGGACUGCACCAUCGGCGCCCUUGUCGCCCAGAACCCUAUACACGAAGAUGUCUACGAUUGAGACUUCUAUCGACCUUAAAGACCAAAAAGAAUCAUCAUGGAGCAACUCAGGCACAUUUUUGGACACUCAAAUUUCGGAAAUCUUCGAUAGUGAGAAGAUUAGAACGACGAAUUCCACGUAUAUGGCACCUGAUUCCUGGAACGUCGAGAACACCGAGCAGGAGAGAGGCCCAUGGUCUAGAACAAAGCUGUAUUCAUUACAGACAGAUUCUAAACAAAAGUCAAGCAUUGAGGUGACGUCGAAGUUUAGAAGACAGAAUCUGGAUAAUGAGGAGGAGGGAUCGAAUUACUGGAGCAGCGAAGGAAGAACUCCUGAUGUGGCUGUCAGACAAGCAACUAUUAACAACAUAAUCCGAGGCACCCUCGGGUUGGGGGAUCCUCUUCAAAUCACAACAGAGAAGGAGAAAUAG